CCCCACGUAACCCCUCGGGGACCCUGAAUCUCAAAAUUAAAUAUCUGUUACCUCGCAUCAUUGAGAGUUUACUGGAAAUGCCAUGUCUAAUGGGAGGGAAACUCCGCGGACGACGCUAGACCUGAAGACUGUGGAGGGGCUCCGGGAGCCGAGGGCUCAGCCACACACGCCCCUCCCCUCGGCCGUGGGCUGGGGUCGGGGGCCCAGCCGGAGCUGCUGCUGCUGCUGCCGCUGCCCUGUGCGGGGGUAGACGGGGGCGGACAGCAGAUCCGAUGCUCAUCAGCAGCCCUCUCACGUUUUGGGAAUUCCCCCCCCCCCUUCCCUCCAAGUACGUCAAGCGCGAUUAAACACGGGGAGGGAGGAGGUUUCACUCAGUGUGGUGUGGGGCGCCGUCGGGACAGGAUGGUGUCGGGACCUGCAGUGCUGAUGUUCGCCGUGCUGGCAACCGUGGUCGCUGACAGCAGCUGUCCUGCAGGCUCAUUUCGGAAUAUUCACACCGGCCAGUGCUCACCUUGCCCAGCAACGACAUACUCAGUCAGCCCGAACAACCAGUCGCAGUGCAGCAGGUGUCGAAUGUGUACCGGAGGUAAAUUUGAAAUCCUACAUCCCUGCUUGGCGACCUCCAACACCGUCUGUGGCUGUAAACAGGGAUUCAUGUGCACAGGGAAAGACUGUAAAUCUUGCAAGCCGCAUAUGAAGUGUAAGAAGGGACAGGAGGUGGAACAAAAGGGCGACUCAUUCAGGGACACAAAGUGCAAGGACUGCAAGAGCGGCACAUACUCUGACACAGUGGAUGGUGUCUGCAAACCCUGGACAGACUGUUCAGCAAAAGGCCUCCAAGUGGUGAGGAAUGGUUCCAGGUCGGAGAAUGUAAUGUGCGGGUCUCCCCUGACAACUCCAGUGCCUAUAACCAACCCAGGAUGGUUCAAACCCAGAACCCCGACACAGCCAGACCGUCCGAAGAUCCAAGACAACAAAAAUGAUGGGAUAGUUGCAGUUAUCGCCAUAGUAUUGCUGCCGUGUGUCUUCAUUCCGUUCACUCUGUACGUUGUGAUCCAGUCCAAGAGAAAGCAGAAACCCAUCCCAAUGGAUAUGAAAAGCAAUGAUGUCUUAGAGGAACUUCCAUUUGCCUUGACGGUGACAACAGACGACCGGUGCAGCUGUCACUCUCCAGAAGAGGAGACGGGAGACUGGCAGCUGCGGCAAGAGACCACCCCGAAACCUCCAGAGUGAUCCCAGACUUCCUGCACAGCAGGGCCAAGGACUGGUCUUUGAAAUGAUUGGGGCAGCAUUAUGCAAUAGUGGAAGAAACACAAGAUCAACAAACUUCAGUCUGCUUUUUACUCCCAACAUGCAACCUCCCAGAAAGAAUUGUUCAAAAUCCUUUGCAUUGUGUUUAUGUGAAUUCGAAAUGUUAUGGACAAUAACUCUGUGGGAUUGAAAAUAAUCACAUUCAGAGUCAUGGAUAACCUUCCCCCCCACCACCCGCCCCCCCCCCCAGCUUUGGCCCUCAAUUUCUGUUCAUUCCUGAGAUUAUGGUGUUUAAAAUGAUUCUUAUGGAAGGCAUGCCCUUAAAAUUCUCUCUUUCUUCAUGACCAAGUCUGGUAGUGAGCUAAGAAGGUCCCACAUUCAAGAGAAUUUGCAAAAGAACCAGGGAAAGGUGAGAACUGUUUACUCACCCUCUUCUGAUCGACAGUAAACUGCUUGAGAAAGUGGUGGAGACAGAUUCAGCGGUAACUUCCAAUAAGGGAAUUACAUCAGUAUUUUCGAAAGAGAAUUUUGUAGAGCUGUGGGAAAAGAGUAGGAGAAGUGGGGAUAACUAAGUCAUUGGUGAGGCAGGGUGGCUGAAGUAAGGGAUGGGGAGAAGGAACGGAUAAGGAUGAGGGAGUAGGUACACGACUGGGGUCGAAUGAGGUGGUGAGUGACUGGUGGUGCAGCAGCCCAUUGGAAGCAACAUGUUGCAGCAAAGGUGAGGCUCUUGCUGUCUGAGGAGCAGCUCUAACGUCAUGUCUUGUAUCAUAUAAACUGUCCGUUGUGUUGUGGCUUGUUUUUUGGAGGAGGAAGAGAGAGAGAGCGGGGUCUUUGGCUGAAAGCAAAGAUUCAGCCAAUAUGGAAAAGGGGAGUGUUUAGGAGAAGGAAGGGAUUAGAGAGGAUUUAGUGGGUGGGGUUUACUGUGGAAUGGGGAAAGGGUAACUUUGAUCAUGAUGUCAACUUCUUUUAUUUCAAAAAUAAACUUUAUUGUUAAUAAAAUAAUAUAUACAAAAAGAAAAACAGUGCAAAACUCAAUACAUUCUUAGUUUCAUUUGGUCAAUACACUCAUUAGUGUUAACAUAUUUCUUUAACUUUAGCAUCAUUGCCACUCAUGAGGCCCCCUGGGGCAAUCCAUCCCUUUCAUUGUUUGAAGGGCAUCCCCACUGGGCUUAGCUCCUCCAUGUCCAGUAGCGGAAGGAGCCUGGACUGUGGUCCUUCCCCAGCAGGCCCUUGCAUUGGCUGCACCGAGCUUCAGUGCAUCCCUCAGCACGUACUCCUGCAGCCUGGGCUGUGCCAGUCAGCAGCAUUCCUUUCUGGACAUCUCGCUGUGCUGGAAGACCAACAAGUUUUGGGCAGACUAAGGAACGUCUUUCACCAGGUUGAUGAUCUUCCAGCAGUACUUGAUGGCGUCUCUGUGUGUGGGAACAGCCCAUAGAUCAAAGAGUCCUCUCUUACACAGCCACUCAGGAUGAACCGUGACAAGGUUCUCCACGCGCUCCUAGCAAAUCCACAGUCUGCAAAGAGGUGGAUAACUGAGGACAACGUGUGUUGGGAAUGAUAUUUUGACCAAACAGGAAAGAUGUGGCCAGGAGGGCCCCUUUCCCCACCAGCCAAGUGAGGUCUUGGUGCUUGUUGGUGGGUUCUGGUGAUGAGGCAUUCUGCCAGAUGGUUUGGACAGUUUGCUCAGGGAACCACCCCACAGUAUCCAUAGAGUCCCUGUCAUAUUCCAGGUCUGGGAGAUCAGCGUCAGGCUUAGCCCAGGCAGAUGCUCAGUAACACCAAUCAUGCUGUUUACUGGGCACUGUAGGGAAAUAUUUCCUGCAUGUAAGUUAUUUUCAA